AUGAUUAAGCCGUGGAUUCGUACGUUCUCCACAUCCAGCUCUCUUCUAAGAGCAGGCUACUCCCUGGUGGAACCAGUGCAUCACCUUGUGAAAGUGAACAAGGCUGCGUUGAGUCCCCGGUACGAAGAAGUAUUGAUUCCCAAGGACGACAUCAGGUCUCUAGGUUUCAAACCUACCGAAUUUGAGCAGGACAGAGUGAAGGAGCAUUACCAAAACACUCUUCAGAGCGAUUUGUUGCUUGCCCUAUAUGAACACGAUGCUCAGACCAUCGAGGGACAGAAACGUAGAAGGUGGGAGCCAGACUCGCCCUAUGCCCUCUACCGUCACCUCAGGAAGGCCAGACAUGUCAACAGACCACAAAGAGAUAUCCACCCCAUUGGGCCUGAGAACGUGCCUCAGCUCACAGGAAUCGCUAUUUCUUUGUAUUCCAAGGAGAUUGUGCAAGAGCCUCUAUGGAACAUUGCAGCUAGAUUACAACUUGCGCAGCUCACUAAUAUCAAGCCCAAGCAGCUUAAGAACAAAGUCAACUACCAGGCCUGGAAGCUCAGAAGGGGAAAGAAGUGUGGUGCCAAAGUGAUGCUCACUGGUCAGGAGAUGUCCCGUUUCUUGACAACUUUGACCGAAUUGGUUUUACCUAGAAUCAGAACUUUUAAAGGGAUCAAGGAGACCUCAGGUGAUAGAAAUGGUAACAUUUCUCUCGGGUUGGAGGCUGCUGAUGUCAAGUUCUUCCCUGAAAUUGAGCACUUUCAGGACUUGUACCCCAAGACAUUUGGGUUCCAUGUGACGUUCAAAACUACUGCCAGAACAGAUGAAGCAGCAAAAGCAUUGUUAAGUUCCUUUGGGCUUCCUUUUUACGAUCCAAAGGCCAAAGAAAAUAAGUAA